GCAUGGCGGUGUGUGCUCGGCUCUGCGGCGUGGGCCCCGCGCGUGGGUGCCGCCGCCGCCAGCAGCGGCGCGGCCCGGCCGAGACUGCGGCGGCGGACAGUGAGGCGGACACGGACCCCGAGGAGGAGCGCAUCGAGGCGGGGCCGGCGCGGUGCUCCCUGCUGGAGCUGCCGCCCGAGCUGCUAGUGGAGAUCUUCGCGUCGCUGCCCGGCACCGACCUGCCCAGCCUGGCGCAGGUCUGCAGCAGGUUCCGGCGCAUCCUGCACACGGACACCAUCUGGAGACGGCGCUGCCGCGAGGAGUAUGGCGUUUGUGAGAACCUGCGGAAGCUGGAGAUCACAGGCGUGUCUUGCCGGGACGUCUAUGCGAAGCUGCUUCACCGAUACAGACACAUUUUGGGGCUCUGGCAGCCAGAUAUUGGACCGUAUGGAGGAUUGCUAAACGUCGUGGUGGACGGGCUGUUCAUCAUUGGCUGGAUGUACCUGCCUCCUCAUGACCCCCAUGUUGGGGACCCUAUGAGAUUCAAGCCACUGUUUAGAAUCCAUCUGAUGGAGAGGAAGUCGGCCACGGUGGAGUGUAUGUACGGCCAUAAAGGGCCUCACAAUGGCCACAUCCAGAUUGUGAAGAAAGAUGAGUUCUCCACCAAGUGUAACCAGACAGAUCACCACAGGAUGUCCGGUGGGAGACAGGAGGAGUUUCGGACGUGGCUGAGGGAGGAGUGGGGCCGCACGCUGGAAGACAUCUUCCAUGAGCACAUGCAGGAGCUGAUUCUGAUGAAGUUCAUCUACACCAGUCAGUACGACAACUGCCUGACCUACCGACGGAUCUACCUCCCGCCCAGCCACCCUGAUGACCUCAUCAAGCCCGGCCUCUUUAAGGGCACCUACGGCAGCCACGGGCUGGAGAUCGUGAUGCUGAGCUUCCACGGCUCCCGAGCCAGGGGCACCAAGAUCACGGGUGACCCCAAUAUCCCUGCGGGGCAGCAGACUGUGGAGAUCGACCUGCAACGCCGAAUCCAGCUGCCGGAUGUGGAGAACCUCCAGAACUUCAACGAGCUCUCCAGGAUCGUCCUGGAGGUCCGAGAGCAGGUGCGGCAGGAGCAGGAGACUGCCGAGGUCCCCGCCCCAGCCCGGGAGCCUUCAGCCAAGGGCCCUGAGGGACCACCUGCUAAGGACAGCAGAGAGCCUGGCAGUGGAGCUGAGGCAGCUGGGCAGUCAGCCUUGUCUGGGCAGGGACAGCCAUUUGUGCUUCCGGUGGGAGUCAGCUCGAGGAACGAGGAUUACCCCCGCACCUGCCGGCUAUGCUUCUACGGCACAGGCCUCAUCGCCGGCCAUGGCUUCACGAGCCCCGAGCGCACCCCUGGCGUCUUCGUCCUAUUCGACGAGGACCGCUUUGGGUUUCUCUGGCUGGAACUGAAGUCCUUCAGCUUGUACAGCCGUGUCCAGGCCACCUUCCAGAACGCCGAAGCGCCGUCGCCACAGGCCUUUGACGAGAUGCUCAGGAAUAUCCAGUCUCUCACCUCCUGACCUCCACAUGGGCGGAGAGGCUGCGCCGGGACCCGGGUGGGGGAAGCAUGCACUUUAGAAAUGAACGCAGACCUCCUCACUGGGGUCCUGGUCGCCCCGAGACACUUCUUGUAUAGUGUGUAACAUACUCUUGUACAUUUGAUUUGUUGGUAGCUAUGAAAGUGAAAGCUAAGCAUGGUGGGGAAAUAAAGAGUUGAGCCAAGUC